AUGACGACAGAGACAAUACAUAGCCCUCGGCCGCGUUACUUGAUCUCAUCAUCUCCCCGCACCGCAUCGAACUUGCUUGUCCGAAUCCUCAACUUGGAUGGGCAGGGCGCACACCCCGUACGCUUCAAUGGCUACUUCUGGUUGUCAUCACUCGCCCAACGACGUGCAGUCCUGGAGAAGCCCAUGUCUGAAUGGACAGUGGAGGACAAAGAAAAGCUUGAAGAGGUCGAACAGCAGUGUUUUGACAAUUUAUUAAGCUACCUAGCCGGCGCUGAGAAGAAGGGACAAUUAGUUUUAUUCAAAGAGCAUGCCUUUCUUCUGAAUCACCCGUUUUACGAGUCCGAACUCACUCACGGCACAGACACUACCAUUGGGGAACCCACGGUAUUGAAGAAUGAUGCGACAGGCCCACGCUCCCCACUGAACAAGACUGUUCUCUCGGAUGAGAUGCUCAAGUCAUUCAAACCACUUUUCCUCAUCCGACACCCAGCCCUGUCAUUAGCGUCCAUGUAUCGCGCAGCGCGCAGCGACGAAUUUCAACGCGGAAGCAAGGAACCCGAUGUCACGGAGAGGUCAUCAAUCUGGAUCAGGAGCCUCUUCGACUUCUACGAAGCUCAUCAGCCUGGAGAACCCCCACUCGUUCUGGAUGCUGACGAUAUGAUGACCUCCCCGGAGCUUGUGAUGAAGUAUGUUAAGCUGGCUGGACUGGACCCUGAUAAGCUUCGUUUCUCAUGGGAGAAAGCGUCCCCCGAGGAGAUCAGCAAGCAGUCGAUCAUAGCACAGAAAAUGCUUAGUUCACUGAAUGCCAGUGACAAGGUUAAUCUUGAGAAGGUCGGCGGAAACAUUGACAUUGAUGCGGAGGCACAGAAGUGGCGAGCUGAGUUUGGCGAUGUUGAUGCGGCCAAGUUAGAGAGUUGGGUUCGAGCAGCUAUGCCGGAUUACGAAUACAUGAGGUCCAAGAGAGUAACUUUGUAG